AAAUUGCUGUCUGAUGAUGUGACUCAUUAUAUUGUGCCUGACUGGAAAGUGGUCCAAGAUUACCUAGAAAUAUUGGAGUUCCCUGAGCUGAGGGGCAUUGUAUUCAUGCAGACAGCGUGCCAAGCAGUGCAGCAUCAAAGGGGUCGCAGACAGUACAAUAAACUGCGAAAUUUGGUGAGGGAUGCCCGUCAUGAUUGUGUUCUGUUUUUCAAUGAAUUCCAUCUGCUUUCUUAUUUGCCAAGAGACAGAGGAGAGCCUUUGGAGAAGUGGCAGACAAGGAGUAUUUAUAAUGCAUCCGUGUGGUACUAUAAUCAUUUCUUGGGUCAGAUGCCUAUCGUCAUGGUUACAGAGGAUGAAGAAUCUAUCCAGCAACUUGGAAGUGAAACAGAAGGUGUCUUUGUGAUUUCAUUCAAGAAUUAUUUAGACAACUUUUGGCCUGAUUUAAAAGCUGCUCACGAGCUUUUUGAUUCCAUAGUCCAGUCACGACGUGAACGGGAGAAUGAAAGCCAAGAAAAUAAUGGGAAGGAGUAUGCCGAACAUGUCCCCGUGGAAGCGCUGGAAGCAGGGAUCAAAUCGGGAAGAUACGUUCAGGGGGUCCUUAAUGUGAAUAAGCACAGAGCACAAGUAGAAGCCUUUGUACGACUUCAAGGCGCUAGCAACAAAGACACAGAUCUCAAAACUGAUGUCCUUAUUUAUGGCCCGAAAGCCCGAAACAGGGCCAUCCACGGUGAUGUCGUCGCAGUUGAAUUACUACCUAAAAGUGAAUGGAAGGGACGAACGGCUGCUCUUUGCGAGAAUGAAAUGGAAGACAAGUCCUCAGGGGAGGUUUACUGCGAGCCGAUGCCCACAGGUAAAGUUGUUGGCAUCAUACAGAAGAACUGGCGUGAUUAUGUGGUCACUUUUCCAUCUCAAGAAGAGAGCCAGUCGCAUGGCAAAAAUGUACAGAAAAUCCUAGUGACACCUUGGGAUUACCGGAUUCCCAAGAUCAGAAUUAGUACACAGCAGGCUGAGGCACUCCAGGACUUCCGUGUUAUCGUACGUAUCGAUUCUUGGGAGUCAACAUCACUGUAUCCAAAUGGACAUUUUUUGCGGGUUUUGGGACGAAUAGGGGAUCUCGAAGGAGAAAUUCAAACCAUCUUAGUAGAAAACAGCAUUUCUGUUAGUCCUUUCUCUGAAGCACAAAUGUGUGAAAUGCCAGUUGUUGUCCCAGAGAAGCCAUGGAAAGUUGCUCCUGAAGAAGAGCAAAAACGUAUUGAUCUGCGGGAUUCUCAUCUAGUGUUCAGCAUCGAUCCCAAAGGCUGUGAAGAUGUUGAUGAUGCGCUCUCUGUUAGACUCAUGCCCAGUGGAAACCUGGAACUGGGUGUUCAUAUUGCAGAUGUGACACAUUUUGUGGUGGCGAAUUCUUAUACGGAUAUUGAGGCAAGAGCGAGAGCCACAACUUGCUACUUAGCUGAUCGUCGUUAUGACAUGUUGCCUGCAGUGUUGAGUGCCAACUUAUGCUCUCUUCUGGGGAAUGUUGACAGGUAUGCGGUGAGCGUCAUCUGGGAACUUGACCAAAAUUCUUAUGAAAUAAAAAAGGUUACGUAUGGCCGAACCAUUAUUCGCUCUUCCUACAAGCUCUUCUAUGAGGCAGCCCAGGCUUUGCUAGAGGGAGACAUGAGCACAGCGGAUGAAAUCCCAGAGCUCAAAGAACUGGAUGAAAAUGCAAGAAAGCAGAAGUUAAGUGAACUGGUCUGGGCAAUAAGAAAGCUGACGGAUAUUGCCCGGCAUGUUAGAGCCAAACGAGACAGUUGUGGAGCACUGGAAUUGGAAGGGAUUGAGGUCAGAAUUCAGCUGGAUGAUAAAAAGAAUAUCGAUGACCUCAUCCCUCGGCAGCCACUGGAGAUUCACGAGACCAUUGCAGAGUGUAUGAUCCUUGCAAAUCACUGGGUGGCCAAAACUAUCUGGGAGACUUUCCCCCACCAGGCUCUCCUGCGCCAACACCCACCACCGCGGCAGGAGUUUUUUUCUCAGCUGCAAGAAUGUGCAAGUGCAAAGGGCUUCGUCAUAGAUACACGGUCUAACAAGGCACUAGCUGACUCCUUGGAUAGAGCAGUUGACCCUUCGGAUCCUCUUGUGAAUAAGCUGUUGAGAUCAAUGGCCACUCAGGCAAUGUCCAAUGCUGUCUAUUUUUCAACUGGAUCUUGUCCUGAAGAGGAAUUCUCACACUAUGGUCUUGCUUUGGAUAAAUACACCCACUUCACUUCACCCAUUAGGAGAUAUGCUGAUAUAAUAGUCCACAGACUGCUGUUGGCAGCCACUCUGAGAGAAGACAAGGCAGGCACCAGGGACCCCUUGUUGGGCAACAAAGAACUUGAAGAACUGUGUAGACAUAUCAACAACAGAAACAGGGUACGCAACAGGAUACUGGCCAGUGCAGGAUAUGGAAUUAAAGGGGCCGCCUAUAUGAAAAACAAGGAAGGACUGGUCUUAUCUUGUCAAAGUGAUGGGAAUUGUGAAUGGAAACCUGGUUCUCUCCAGCGUUUUCCCAGCAGAAUUAUUUCCACUCCCACAGUUGGGGACGCUGUUACUCUGAGCCUAUUUAACCAUGUGACAGUAAAAGUCUGUGUACAGAGUUCUCGUUGCCAUGCUGAUAGAAUUCAGCUCCAGAUAAUAAAUUGCAAGCCUUACAAGACAUCAGAAACAGAACUGUCUCAGAACUCCCACGUGUCAAGAGCAGAUUUGGUAAGAGAAGUCACAAAGACUGCCGAAGAAGCACAGCAUGCUCACAACAAGGCCCAAAUGAAGAAGAUGGAGGAGGGCUAUGAGGAGUAUCGCCAGACGCAAGGCUCGAGCCUGUAUCAGUUGUUGGAGGAAAUCAAGGACUGGGCUCUCUUAGAUAUAUCUGCGGAGAGUAGAGCAUGAAAUCCGUUUCAUGCAGUUCUUGUGUAAGGGCUUUUAGUUCCGGUCAGCUUUGUACAGGUCAUCUAAUAUAUUUUUAAAAGUUG